ACGGCACCUGUAUCCCCCCCAACCUUAAGAAUACCAGGCAACGUUCUCUAUCAAGAACGUUCGAGCCAGCGCCCAUGUCGCAUCUCGUGAUUCGCCCGAAAAUCCCAAUCUUUACUAGACAUGCAAGGUGGGCCGCCCUUGGCACCAACAGGCUCUUCCAGGCACACUUCAUCCACGCAACAAGGGCAAGACGACUCACCGGCGCCGAGAGAGCGCGCGUGAAAGCGUACCUCGAUGCGGAGCACAAAGCCAUGGCCGAGAUCACCGAAUACGACCCCGACCGCAUCAGAGAAGCGCGUGCGGCAGUCAUGCAAGCCCACCCCAUCGACGCGGCCCUUCGCGAGGCAUAUUCCGCGGAGCUUCUCAAGAAUAUGGCCGACCCAUUGGACCCCAUGGAUAAGGCCCUCAAUUGCCCGUUCCUCAAGCCCGACGCGCCUUGGGGAUUGGUUGUGUACCGCGUUUCGUAUGGCGAUGAUGCUGCGUGGGAGCAUAUCCUUGCCCAGAUCAACGAGAAUCUAAAAGAAUCUCUUGAGGGCAACGACAGGCAGGAUUUGCUUGCGCGACACCAGUUGGUGGUGAUGAAUAACCGCUUGCAGUUUGAUGGUGCAACCACCGAUCAGGUCCGCAAGCAUUUUAGCAAGUGGGUGGUGGAUGAGCUGAGGCGCAAUUGGCAGGAUCAACCUAUUCCGGAUGAUCAAGUCGCCAAACUUGGGGCUGACGAUGGGAUGAUAUAUUCCGCAGGUACGCGAUACAACUUCUGCUUGUUGGUCGACAAUGUGUGCCUGGAGUCGCUUGCCAAGAUGCCCAGUCCCGUAGUGAAGCUAGUCGAGAAGCGCUGGGUGCCCGAUGUGCAAGAUCUAGGUAAAGAGGAAGGAGAAGGGGACAAUUCUGGCUGGGAAGGGGGAGUGACAAACAACGAGUUUGAGGAUGUGGGCUGGAUGUAUAUGUAUGUCCACGACUACGUGGACAUUCAGAACUACUUGCACGGAGACAAUUGGACCGACAACUACGUGCGGCCACCUCUCAUGCGUUUUGAGAGCAAGUUUGAAACAGCACCAGGAUUUUGGCGAAGGGAUGGGAAGUCUUCCGACCGGCAAUGAUUGUCGGUGCGAUCGGUGGAGCUGUCGAUGGUUAUAGAACUACGGAGGCGACAGAGUAAUAAGUUAACCAAAGUCGAUACAAAAGUAUGACUUUGAAUCUGGUCAUCCAUCCAUCUUGUAGGCCAUCUCGGCCAAGCAGGCGGAGAGACAGAGUUGAGUUCCAAUUGGUCCCACAUCAUGCAUAUCUGACGGACUACUAAUAAGCAGCAACCAAACCAGCAACUUCCAGGAGGAGCCUUGCACGCAAGGAGUCACUCCCGCCUUUGUCGUGGCAAGCACACUUUUUAUUACAAUUCUCGAUUCUUUUUCAAAAAGACCGUGUCCAAGUUUUAUUUAUUUCGAGAAAAAAAAGCGAUGACGUACGAUGCAUACGUAAUGAUGAUGCUGGCACUUGUCCUGUGCUCUCCCCACUCCUGAAGC